UUCUGAUUUUGUAAUUAAUGGGAAAUAUGAUGUUGGCGUUACAUGAAAGGAAAUGGUUAUAGUGAUGAAGCUUUCACAAUUCUAAUUUCAAUGAAGGGCGUGAGUCAACCCGUUUGAAUCUAACUACAAACAUUUCAUGAAAGUCAAUUAUGGAAAACCCCCCCUUUUUCUGACAAACAAUUCCUUUACUUGUAUUCUUUGAUAUGGAACAACUAAGAUAGUUCCAAGAGCUAGCUUCCUCUACCAUGCUCACCUGCUCCUUCUCAAAGAUGAUUCUCAUUGCAUCUUCUAUAACUUGGGCAAAACUCAAAAGAUUUAGUCCAACGCCUAGAUGACUACUUCUUCCCCGGCUCCGGGGCCGGAGGUGAGCUUGUCCCUUACAUUGCUGCCUUGCCCAACUCCACUUGAGGCCUUAAAGCCCGAAGAAAGAGGCAUCCGCCUUAUCCAACUUCUCCUAAUAUGUGCCAAGCAUGCAUCCUCCGGUAACCUACACCGUGCCGACGAGUGUCUCCGGCAAAUAUCGCUGCUUGCCUCGGUGUCUGGUGACUCCAUACAACGUCUUUCGGUACGGUUUGCCUCUGCCCUCGCUAUCCGCCUUGUCAAGCGUUGGCCUGGCCUACAUAAGGCCUUGAACUACACUCAAUUGACAAAACAAGAGUUUGAUGAUGCGAAGCCCCUCUUGGGCCGAGCCUUUCCCUACCUCGGGUUGUCGUAUGCUAUCAUAACCCGUACAUUGAUCAAGGCAAUGAUGGGGGAGAGAGUGAUCCAUCUUGUGGAUAUGGGCUCCGGUGACGUCAACUUGUGGGUUCCACUCCUACGGACCUUGUCGUGCAUGCCGGAUGGGCCUCCCCAUUUGAAGGUGACUUGUAUGAACGCUAACAAGGCUGUCGUCGACAAGUUAGGAGCAAGGCUUGUAAAAGAGGCAGAAGCACUAGCCAUGGCCUUCCAAUUCAACCCCCUAAAUGUAAGUCUAAAAGAGCUAACGUCGGAUAUGCUUAAGGUGAGAUCAGGAGAAGCACUAGCUUUCAUAUCUAUCUUAAGCCUCCAUGCCUUAUUAGCAGAGGAUGAUAGAGUCGAUGCACAUUUCGGCGACAACAGGAAUAUAAACGGCAUCAAAAAUUCCAAGCAAAUGUGUCACUUCUUAACGAUGAUCCGGUCAUUGUGGCCCAAAGUCUUACUUGUAGUGGAGCAAGAAGCGGAUCACAACUUGAACCGGUUAGUUGAUCGAUUCAUGGAGGGAUUGCAUUACUACAGUGCGGUGUUCGACUCAAUUGAUGCAGCAUUUGGGGGGACGUCAAGUGGGGAAAGGCAUGCUUUGGAGGGAAUGUUUGGGAAAGAAAUCGAAAACAUUGUGGCGUGUGAGGGGGUUGAGCGAGAAGAGAGGCAUGAGAGGCAUGGCAGAUGGAUGGUUAGGCUUGGGCAGGCUGGGUUCAAGCCAGUUCAAAUUUGGUAUGACUCCAUGGAAGAUGCUAAGCUGAUGGUGGAAGCAAGUGGCAAAGAUGGUUACAAGAUUGUUCAGGGAAAGGCAGCUUCGAUGAUUUGUUGGCAUGAUAGACCAUUGUAUGCAGUAUCUGCAUGGACUUGUUAAAAGGGUAUAUUAUAUAGUUUGCGGUGUUGGUCCAAAGGAAAGGACAAGUUUCUUGUCUGCAUGAAUUUUGCGAUUUACCAAGUUU